UUAUGGUAAGAUUGGAACUGUGGGAUACGAUUGCUGUGCUGCAACACCCAAGAUGGCAACCAAAUUCUAUCAUUAAAGUGGACAAUUUGUGGGUUUUGUUUGACUUUUGAAUCACUCAAAACUCGAUUGUUUAACCAUGGAACAGCCACAAGAACGUACAGGGAAACAGUCUGGCGAGUUUAUAGUUGGUUUAAAGUACAGACUUGUUCGAAAAAUCGGUAGUGGAUCGUUUGGUGACAUUUAUCUGGGAAUCAACAUAACAAACGGAGAAGAAGUAGCAGUAAAACUUGAAUCAUGUAAAGCUCGUCAUCCACAACUUUUAUACGAAAGUAAGUUGUAUAAAAUUUUACAAGGUGGCGUAGGUAUUCCACACAUUCGCUACUAUGGCCAGGAAAAGGAAUAUAAUGUUCUCGUUAUGGAUCUUCUGGGGCCAAGUCUAGAAGACUUGUUUAACUUUUGUUCGAGGAGAUUCACAAUGAAAACAGUACUAAUGCUUGCUGAUCAAAUGAUAGGACGCAUUGAAUAUGUCCACAACAAGAACUUUAUUCACAGAGACAUUAAACCUGACAAUUUCCUUAUGGGAAUUGGAAGACAUUGCAAUAAAGUCUUCUUGAUCGAUUUUGGUCUUGCAAAAAAGUACAGAGAUAGCAGAACCCGCACUCACAUCCCAUAUCGUGAAGAUAAAAAUUUAACUGGCACUGCUAGAUAUGCCAGUAUCAAUGCACAUCUUGGGAUUGAACAAAGUCGACGAGAUGAUAUGGAGUCCUUAGGAUAUGUUUUGAUGUAUUUCAACCGUGGAAGCUUGCCAUGGCAAGGUCUUAAAGCCAAUACAAAGAAGCAGAAAUAUGAAAAAAUCAGUGAGAAAAAGAUGUCAACGCCAGUUGAAGUCCUGUGUAAGGGUUUUCCUGCUGAAUUUGCCAUGUAUCUGAACUACUGCAGAGGCUUGAGAUUUGAAGAGGCCCCAGAUUACAUGUAUCUUCGUCAACUUUUCAGAAUCCUCUUCAGAACCCUAAAUUACCAGUAUGACUACACAUUUGACUGGACCAUGCUGAAGCAAAAGGCAGCACAGGUAGCACAAUGUAAUGCAAGCACUGCACCUACUGCUGGUAGAGGUUGACAUUUGCCAAGGGGAUCUCAUGUACACAACCCCUAAGUCUUAUGUUUAACACAUUUUCACAACAAGCAGGGAUUAGUGAUACAUUUUGUUUGCUCUUGCUAAUAAUUGAUAUACAGAUUUAGAUAUGAAUGUUUAAAAUUAUUAAAACAGGUAUAAGAUGAUGCUGAUAAUGCUCUUUUGCUACCCACGAGUCAACUAGUUAAAUAAUUUUUUAUAAAAAGCAGUACAAAAUGAUCAUAAUAAAGAUAUGAUAGUUUUUUUUAUGUACAAGGGUUUUAAAAUUUCUGGCUACGUUUAUUUAAAUGAUGGCAUUAAAUGACACUAAAACCUAUGUUUAAAAAAACAUACUGCCUCCACUGUUCAGUAAAAACGGGAGGGGGGGGAUGGGGGCUUUUCUACACAAAAAUUUAGUUCAGCUGAACUGUUUUAGCUUUUUAUAGCUGUAUGUAUGGGAUUUUUUUUAAUGAGAUAAAGAUAACAUUAUAAAAGCUCUGUUUUUCUUUUCUAAUUUUUUUUGUUGCUAAAUUGUGAUUUACUUUAAUAAUUUGAUGGUUCAUUUUGAUUUGAUCAGUUAACAAUGAAUAAAUGAAUUGGCUGGCAUCUUUCACUGGUUAAUUAAUUUUUACAUGAGUAAUGAUGAUGUGGAUGUCUUUUAAUUUGUUUGGUUUUAAAUGUUUAUUUUCUUACUUCUAAUAAUGCCAUUUCAAGUUUAAUCAUCAGAGUAAAAUGUUAAUGCAAUGUUUGAUUCAGAGAAGUAUAUUUCUGGUUUGUAAGUUUCUCUCUUAAAAUAUGCCUGAACUUUUUUGUAUGAAAUAUUUUGACGAUUCAGUUAACAAUAACAAAGUUUUGAGUUUCAAUACCAACUUUCAUUUGAUUUAGUUUCAAAGACACAUUUGUUUUGUUUGCUGCACCAAACCAACCUUGCUGAUACAGGCAAACUGUGACAGCUUUAUACAGUGUAAAAAGAUAUAAUUACAGUGAAGAUAUGUUUUUUGCACUUCAGCUCAAGUUUAUUCUAAAGCUAUCAUUUUUUUUGUUCACAAUUAGACAUUAUCCCUUAAUAUAUGUACAUUCUGUUUCUUAACUAUAUACAUGAUUUUCAUUUUGCUGUAUUUGAUCAUGUCAUUUCUGUUCUAAUUAUUCCAAACAACAUAUGAUCUUGUAAUUGAGUCUAUUUUAUGGAUACUUUAUUUUAAAAGCAUUGAAAUAUUCUGAUGCAUUCAAAACUUGUAAUGUGAACUGUGACAUUCAGCUUCAUCUGUGCUACCUCCUUCAUUAUUAACAUGCAAAGAUCUUCUCCAAAGUAAUUUUUUUUUAAAUUUCAAACAAGAAUAGGUAUUUUAUUUUUAUUAAAUACAUACCAUAAAAGGAAUCUGUGGGAAGAAUUAUGAAUGUCCAUUGUUUGUCUGUAUAUAAACUCUGUGUGUUUGUACAGUAUUUGUGGGGGUUUGGUGUUAAGGUCUAAGUUUACCAUACUUUCAUAUAUUUGCAUUGGCCACCAGCUAGGUUUUUAUUUUUAAAUUGAAGAUAUAUUAUGAGAUCUGACUUGUAUUUGUAUCAGCAAUGUCUGAGUUAUUUUCAAAAUAAUCAAUUUUAAGCAAACACAAAAUGAAAAUCAACAUUCAUUUAUGAAAUCUGGUACAAAAUAGAAUGUUAUGGUAAAUUGUUUAGCAUAUAUAUGCUUUAAAAAUGGUAGCAAUCGCUAUCAGUCUUUAUUUCUUCCUGAAAAUUAAAUCUUAUAGUCUAGUUUUAGUGGUAAAAUUAGAUAAUAUUGAUUAAGAAAUACAAAAUCACUCAACAAGCUGUAGAAUAUUGAAAAAUGUAUUGAUAGGUUGGUUAUUGCAGCCUAUUAAUUUUGUAUUGCUAUUAUUAACAAUACUUUUAUUUAAUUGCUUUAAAAAUUAGCUUGUUUACUUUUUUGUAUUUUUUUCCCUUUAAUGUGAUUGAUUCUUGUUUUUGGAGUUGUUUCAGUUUUGGUUUCAUAGUUAUGAUUUUUGUCACAUGCCCCUUCAAAAAGCACAUUUUUUUCCUUGUUUGAGUUUUGCAGUUUAAAAUUUUGUUAUAAAUAAGAAAAUAAGUUUUUUAAAUGUUUCAACAUUUUAAUAUUUUACUUUUACAUUGAAACAUUAUAGCUUUUCACUAAUCUCUGGUUUUGUUCAAAAGGUCAUUAGAAAAUUCUCAAAUAUUAUUUAAAUAUGAGAUAUGACAUGAUAUACUAUAAAAUAGUGUUGAGUAGUUUAAUUUAACAUUCACGAUUUGUAUUUGACUGUUUUCAUUAGGACUAAAUGACAUGGUGUUGGGCAGAUCCUUGUAUGCUGUGAAUAUUUUGUUUUCUACCCACCACAGCUUCUGUUUUUGAAGUGCUACAAACUUUAAUCAUGGUUUUGACCUGUUGACAUUGAGUGAUUGAUGAAGUGUCACUACAUAAACUUGUACAGAUUUAAUUUUUCUUAAUUUUAUUUAAUUGUUCUAAAUGUUAACUGUGUGACAGCUUUCAAAGGCUGGUACUUACAUUUUAUUGUUAAAUAUUGUAUUAGUAGAAAAUGUCAGUUUUGUUGGGUUUUGUUUCAUUGUUGUUGUUUCAUUUAUUGUUAACAUGUCAAUAAAUAAGGAUUUCCCUCUUAACUCUUCCACUCACUUACAUCUGUUAAUAGUAAAUUACUUUUCACUGUCAUUGUCUACAUUAUCAGAUGAAUCAUUACUUAUAUAGCUGUCAUGUCUGUGACUGAUUUAGAACUUUAUCAGAGCUGACAUAUAAACAAUUUUCAGCCUCAGUUUUUAAGGUAGAUUUUAUAUCUUGUAGUUUUAAAUCUAAGUACAACAUACUUUAUUUUUUUACUUUAUUUUUUUUUUUUACAGUCCCUUUCCAUUUGGACUUUAAAAAUGCUGCAUUGCUAUUAUUACAACAAAUAUUUUAACCGUAUUUCUUUGAUUUACCUAUUCAUACAUUUGUUAGAACAUAGAUUUACUGUAAUUUUAUUAAUCUAUUCAAUUCCCGUCUCAAAUGUAGUAACACUAAAGUAUUUUAUUUCAAUAAACAAGUUUUCUUUAACCCAAGACAUGUUGUGGUUACUGUUCUGUUAAAUCUCAUGAAUAAAGUAUUAGUUUAGAUACAUUUCAGUUCAAAGACUUUUGCUGGAUUUUAUAAUGGUGCAACAAACAUUUUCACAACUUAAUCAAGCUUGCUGGGAUUGUUGUAUACAUAUUUAUUUAUAUUAUUGUAUUAUCAACCUGCAUUAUUUCAGCUUGAAAACAAAAACAUUAAAUGCAUGCAGUCAUAACUUUUUAAAUACAAAAUCAAAUUUAUAAUUUUAAAAUUUCAGCUGAGCCCGAGUCCUUGCAACUUGAUGUGUAAAUGCAGUCCAUCUUUCUUUUUUUUUUCAUUUCCAUGCUGUAAAUAUGUACACCAUAAAAGUUUUGUCAAGCACUUCCAGUGCAAACACAUACAUUUGAAAAAACCUGUAAGUUCACUUGUUAUGGUACAUGUCAGUGCUCAUGUUUGAAGAUAGUGAGAUUUUUUUAUUUCUGGAAUAUUCACUUGAGCUGCAAUUUGUAUAUUUUUUUUAUUAGUCUUUUUUUUUUUUUUGAGGUACUUGAACAAUAUCAGGCACAUUCCUCUGCCAUUUAAACAUACUGUGAGAAUCGAUGUGUGAAAAGGUGUUCGCUUUCUAGUCAUAGACAGAAGGCUCAUCAAUACAAAAACCAAGGGAGACAAUUCACAUUGCACUUUUUACAUUUUUUAUUUUCAGUUAUAAAGUUAAGCAGAGGUUGGGUUGCUUACUAGUAAAAUAUGGUUACAGAAGAUUCAGUAUUGUGUUGUAAUCUUGAAAUAUAACUGCUCUAAUGUUAAAAUAUACUGCAGUUUCGUGUUUUGUACCAUUUUCUUAGUUGAAGCCGUAUAAUUAGCAUUUUGAAAUCUCUUCAAGGCUGUCAUUUAUCAAGAUGUUCUUGUUCUGUGGUUAGGUCACUUACUCUUAACAAAUAAAAAUUGUGUAUUGAUAACUUUAUUCUUAAAAUCCCAUUUCUGAUUAAGUCAAGUAUAUCUAUUUCAUUGGUUUCAUUUUUUUGUUAAUGUACUAUUUUUUCCUGUAACAUCUGUGAUUUUUUUUUUAAGCUUUAUUUUUUUGAGUUUGAAAUUUAAAGCUAGACAAUGUUGUUUAACAAGAGGACUCAAUCUUCCAUACCACCAGAAGAGAAAAGAUUCUGCUACUGGCAUCAGCUGUACAUUAUAUGUGUGCUUCUUUAUUCAUGAAGAUUAAAUGUAGACAUUUAUAAAUA